AUGGGUGAUUCGACAGAGGAAGCUGCUUUCUUCUACAAUCACUCUUCUAAUAUUCUGAUGAAUCCUUUGUUUUCAGACAUUCUCAACAUCCCUUAUGCCUCUGAUUCUUCUGAUAAGAGUUCUCUAACUAAAGUAGUGGAGAACAUGGGCAAUCUAACUCUGCAGCAUGUUCAGGAGGGUGUUCAUGGGACUAAUACUUCAAUUUUUGCCCAGAGGCAUAACGAGUCCUCUCAGGUCGUCCAGACUCAGACCCAAGGAGCUUAUAAAGGAAAAAGGAUUGCAGUUGAUUGGGAGCAGGGUCCUUCUAGAAAAAAUGCUAAACCCAAUUCAGAUGACAUCAUCCAUGAAAUACAAAAGCGAAGGAAACACCCAGUGGUGAUAAAAAAUACAAGGGUUGGAGGAGGAAAGCAAAUUUCUACUCUUGUGGCAGCCAUGGGUCCUAAGCAGACUUUACAAUCUAAGAGGAAAGCAACACACCAUAUUGAGGAGGAGAAGAGUGUGUCUAAGGCCUCGGCAGUGAUAAAGAGUUCUACUAAAAGACAAAAACACCUGAGCUGA